AUGUUUAGUGGUAAUUUUAGCGAAAAAGACAAACAGGAGAUAUCAAUAGAUGUGGUGGAUGCUAAUUCCAUGAGCAUCAUUGUGAGAUACAUGAGACUAGGCUUAAUUGAUCUAGCAGAACUUUCUUUGCCAUCUAUAGGAGAACUAGCAAUUGCUGCCAAUUUUCUGCAGAUCACGGAACUCAUUAAGCAGAUUGAAUACUGUUUAGAGCUACAGCUGUCAAAGUGCAACUGGCUGGAGAUAAUGGCCAUUGCAGAAAAUGCAUCAUAUAAAAGCUUAGAACAGAGAUGUGCUGCUUACGGGCUUUAUGAUUUCAAGCUUAUGAAAGCAGAAUUCAUAGAAUCCAUUAAUAAAUUAGUGUGGUACCUUUCUCACACACACUUAAAUUCAGAGUCUGAGUUACAAGUCUUCAAAUUUGGAGUUGACUGGAUUAUUAAACAUGACAAGAGUGCAGAUGCAUUGCUCCUUAUUUUGGGUUGUUUAGAUGUGUACAGACUAAAAGAGGAGGAAUUAAAGGACAUGAAAAAUCUAGUGAAAGAUUUUCAACACUGUUUGGCCGAGAAAGUCAUAGAUUGUUUGUAUACAUUAGCAACUGAUUGUAGGAUAAUAUGUUGUGGUAAAAUGAAUGAGAGGAAGAAGAUGUUAUGUGAGAUGUACACUGAAAGAAUCUAUACGGAAACAUUCAAUCUUGUCAAUAAUAGUAAAAAACGUCAACUAAAAUUUAAACCAUGUGUGGCAGUGUGGUCGAGGGACCCAGAUCCUGAUAUGUUAGAUGCAAAGCCUCAUUAUUUAUAUACAAUCAAUAAUAUGAAUGAAUUUGAGCCAUGGCUAGAGGUUACCGAAAUGUGUCUCUGGGGAUGGAAAUUUGUUGCUUGGGGAAUCACGAAGAUAGUAAUUGUCUGUGGAGAGCGUAGGAAGGGAACAGGGUUUUUUUGGAAGGGUGUUAAAAUUUAUGAUGCUUUAAAAAAAGAAUGGAUUGAGCAUGGUGUGGAAUUGCCAAUACGUAGACAUGGUGGUGUUGCAAUCGUGGACGACUCCUUAUAUAUCAUUGGAGGUGUAGGUGGGUAUAGGGUAGUAUUGGACACUGCAAUUGUAUACGAUCUCAAACAGAGGAAUUAUAGAAAAAUUGCGAAGUUUCCUGACGCCAUCCAAAGCCCUGCAGUAUGCGUGUAUAAUAGAAAAGUGUAUGCCUCUAGUCACAAGAACAUAUAUCGGUAUGAAGACGACGAAGUACAGGACAAAUGGGUGAUCGCUUUAGAAACGGACAUUAGACUAAGUUGUAUGGUGUCAUACAAAGGUUACAUAUACUGCACACAGAGUUACUUCAAUGAUUUAUAUAGAUUCAGGCCAAAUGUUGAUACUAGGUUACAACGAAUAACAUCUUUUGAUAUUUCUCCAUCUACUAUGUGUCUUUUUGGUAACAAAUUAUUGGCUUUUGAAAGCACAGAUGCUACUCAGCUGGCCAAAGUAAACAUUGAAGAAUACGACGAAGAUAGUGAAGAUAGGUCGCCCAAGUUAUUAUGGAGUCGAGAUAACAGCCCUUUUAUCAUCAAUGACGUUGCUGGAUCAUGUGCAGUGGUGGAUUCUGCGCCUCCUCUAGCUACUGAGAUUUCAGAUUACGUUCAACGUCGUUUAGAAGACUAUCAUGAUUGUUAUUCUAAGUAA